GGUUGUGGAAUUCUGGUGCGUACUUGAACAGUGGGCAGAAAAGCAAGGUGUUGUGUGAAGCAGAAGCGUUUCAGGUACUGCUCUACAAGUGCAGGAAUGUUUGUGACGUCGUUGUACUGACAGCUGGAAUUGUUGUCAUGCGCACCAUGUUUUAACUGUACAGCACAUGGCAUCAUAAAAUGGCGACCCGGAAAUCACGUGACUCGGAUUGUAACAGCGUCAGCUUCCUCAAGUAUGUUCUGUAUAUCUUCAACGUCGUCUUCCUGUUAUCCGGCAUUGCAGUGUUCGGGGUUGGAAUCUGGACCGUGGUUGAGAAGCAUCAGUAUGUUGUCUUGCUUACCAACGCCACGUACGAGCUGGCCGCAUGGGUGCUUAUAGUGGCAGGAUGCCUUGUAUUCCUGGUCACUGUGAUUGGAUGCCUUGGUGUGCUGCAAAACAAUCGUUUCUUUAUUCUCGUGUACACGUUCGCGCUGCUACUCGUUUUCCUGCUGGAGGCGAUGGUGGGCGUCAUGUCAUUCCUGUACGAGCCGCACGUCGAGGAGGAGCUGCGGCUCAACCUGAACAGCACGUUCGUAGAGAACUACAAGAUGGAUGACAGCAAAACGAGUGCCAUCGAUCUCAUGCAGAUUGAGUACAAAUGCUGUGGUGCGAACCAGUUUGAAGACUGGCGUUACAGCCGCUGGCAGAAGGAAAACCUGUCUGAGGGGCUGAAGGUUCCAAACUCAUGCUGCAAGACCAUCACCCCACAAUGUGGUAAGAGUGACCACCCAAGCAACAUAUAUUAUACGGGAUGCAGGCACAGGCUAGCAGAUGAGAUCAGGGAUCACCUCAUCAUCUUGAGUGCUGUGGGGCUUGGAAUCUGUGUGCUGCAGAUCUUUGGCAUGAUCUUUUCAUGUUGCCUUUACAUCAAGCUAAAGGAUGUGGUCAACUGAGCUCUGAACUGAAUGUACAUAUGUACAUACAAAUAAACAGUAGGUGGGUCACAUGAGGAGGUGACUGUCGAAUCUCAUUCGUCUUUAUGAUAAUCAUGUAUAUAAAGCUGUGUGUAACUUAUUGAUGUAAAACAAAACAACGGUAUUUCACAAUCUACAGAGGCCAGAACUUAAUCCAGUACUAUGUAACUUAGAGAACAAUGUUAAUAUUAAUAUAAGUGUUUAUGUAACCAUCUUAGUACUUGGUCCCAGUUAAACACUUUGUGUGAUACCAAACUUAAAAUACUGUAAAUGUGAAAAUAUAAUUUAAGUGUAACAUGUGA